UUCAACACACGCUAUUUAUUUCUAAUGAAAACACCAAAGAAACUAUCUCUCUCUAUCUCCCUCUCCACCGGCUCGUAUAAGUUUUCUUGUUCCCAUAUAUAGUCACUCAUAUGGCAGAAGAAGAACUUUCUGAGUGGACAAGAACGUAUGACAACAACGCUGUUGAAGACCUUUUCGUUAAUGACCCACCUCUCUUCUUUCUGCCUCAAGAACAACAGCACAGACUCAUGCCAAAUGAAGAUUCCAUCACCAACACCUUCGUCUCAUUACCAGUUAACUCCGGUCCACGAAUCCAAGAUAUGCCAAACGCUCUGGCUGUGGUUGAAACCCAGACCCAUCCAGUCCAAGAAAUCUCAAUAUCAACUGUUCAACAAUUGGAAAGAAGUACUUUGAGCAAAGCGGAUAGGUACACUUUAAAGGUCAAGAACUAUACUAAUGGAAUGUGUGAUGAUGAAUACAAAUGGAGAAAGUAUGGCCAGAAAACCAUCAAAAAUAGCCCUAACCCAAGGAGUUAUUACAAGUGCAUAAACCCAAUAUGCAAUGCAAAGAAGCAAGUGGAAAGAUCAAUUGAUGAGCCUAAUACAUAUAUUAUCACCUACGAAGGUUUCCACUUCCACUACGCAUACCCUUUCUUCCCACCUGUUAAGACACAUAGGCCUAAUAAAAAAGCGAAAACACUUAAACAUGAUGCUCAAGAUAAACUAAUUAAGAAAACAUCUCAAACCCAAGACGAAAGUAAAAAAGCCCAUUUAAUUGAGCAUGCCUACCAAAAUCAUUCAGCCUAUAGAGCCCAAGAAUACACACCGUUAAAUCUCGAAGAUGAGUUAUUUUUACCGGUUGAUCACUGUCGGCGGCAACAAGGGCUUUUAGAAGAUGUGGUGGCUCCGGCAAAAAUAACUACCCCGGCCAGGGACAGUGUUUUGGCAGCUUCCUCCUCGGACUCUUCGUCUCGAACUUGUUCCCCACCUCUUUCUCCAUCGUCCUUAUGCUGGUCUCCCAAUGUUAACAUCGGAUUUAGUGAUGAAAUUCUUGACUUAAUCGGAUCUUAUAAUUUUUAAGCAUUUAUGCUUUAUGAUAUAUUAUAUAUUAAAAUUGUUAUAAAUAAGUCUUUAAUUUAUGGUGGACAAAAAUAUAAGUAACCAAGAAAAAAUUAUAUCCGUAGAAAGAUCAGAGUACUAGAUUAUAAAGAGAGACGAGAGUAAGAUUGUUAUUACUUUUUGUAAUUAAAGUUGUGUUUUACUUGUUUAUAAACUUAAAAAGGUAAUUAUGCAAUUAUGGUGAGCUUCACGCAAUAUAUUAUUUAUACUUCUGGUUUUAUCCAUGUACUUGUUGUUUUGGUUUUUUUGUUGACCUUUAAAUACUACUACACCUUGGAGACCAGUGUCAUUAUUUUCUUUGGCGUAAUAUCUUAUGUAGCUCCAUUAAAGCAAAAAUAUAAAAACCCUAGUAGAAAAGCCCAU